ACCCUCUUUGUCUACUCCGACCUGCUGCUCUUCACCAAGGAGGAUGAGCCUGGGCGCUGCAAUGUCCUGAGGAACCCUCUCUACCUCCAGAGUGUCAAGCUCCAGGAAGGUUCAGAAGAUCGGAAAUUCUGCAUCCUUUACCUUGCAGAGAAGUCGGAGUGCUUAUUAAGUUUGGAGGCUUACUCCCAGGAGCAGAAGAAGAGGAUCUGCUGGUGUCUGGCUGAGAACAUCACCAAGCAGCAACAUCCGGCAUCAGCUCCUACAGAGAACAAGAUGCUGGAGACGGACACUGAGAAGCCGGGGCAGAUGCACUCAGAGGACGGGAAGGUGGCAGCAGGUGAUGCUCCUCCAGCUGCAGAAGCACCAGCUCCUGCUCAGCCCUGGGAGGCUCUGGGAGCCACCCAGGGUCCUCUCCUGGGGGAAAAGCAGCCAGUUGCCACGAAGAAGGGAGAGGAGCAGCCCAGCUCCCUGCCAGCCUUCAUCAUCCCUGAGCUGCGGCUUGACAGCACCUUCAGCCAGAGCGCAGCAGGCAUGGCGGGCAGCACCACGGAUGGCGAGGAUGAGGAGGAGGAUGAGGAAGAGGAAGACGAGGAUGAGGAGGAUGAGGAGGAGGACAGCGAUGAGCACUACUUGGAGAGGAAUGAGGCGAAGCGCAGCAGCAUGAUUGAGACGUCGGGUUGUCAGCCUGUCUACACACUGAGUGUGCAGAGCUCCCUGCGGCGCCGGACCCACAGCGAGGGCAGCCUGCUGCAGGAGGCCAAGAGCCACUGCUUCACCUCUGACACCACCCUCAACUGCUCGGACAGCCAGGGCACCAAGGGCCACUGGGCCCUGCCCUCCCCCAGGACCCUCAAGAAAGAGCUUGCCAAAAACGGUGGCUCCAUCCACCAGCUCACCCUGCUGUUUUCGGGCCACAGGAAGCUAAGCGGAGCCAACCCCGAAUGCAGCUGUGAUGAAGGAGAUGAGACCUCCCACAAGAAACGGAGCAGGAACCUAGCCAAGGACAUGAAGAACCGUCUGGGGAUUUUUCGGCGGCGAAACGAGUCCCCAGGGGCCAACCCCUCUGGCAAGCUGGACAAAGUGCUCAAAUCACUCAAGCCCACUCCUGAGGAAGCUCUCAAGUGGGGGGACUCCCUGGAGAAGCUGCUGCUGCACAAAUAUGGGCUCGCUGCCUUCAGGGCCUUCCUGCGCACUGAGUUCAGUGAGGAGAACCUGGAGUUCUGGCUGGCCUGCGAGGAGUUCAAGAAGAUCAAAUCCCAGUCCAAGAUGGUCUCCAAGGCCAAGAAGAUCUUUGCUGAGUACAUUGCGAUCCAGUCCUGCAAGGAGGUCAACCUGGACUCCUACACGCGGGAGCAUACCAAGGAGAACCUGCAGAACAUCACCCGCAGCUGCUUCGACCUCGCACAGAAGAGGAUUUAUGGUCUCAUGGAGAAGGACUCCUACCCCCGCUUCCUCCGUUCUGACUUGUACUUAGACAUAAUUAACCAGAAGAAAGCCAGCUCCCCACUGUAG